AUGUGCUCCUCAUAUAUAUCAUCGUUGACUGCAACUCUAACUGCAACCGGAAUCGCCACCGGAAUCGCAACCGCAACUGCCAGCCCUAAAACCGUCACGAACACCAUAUCCAUUCCAGGUGGCCAAGUCACCACCAUCACAAUCACGGCCACGGGCGCCGCCGCAGAGACUACCAGUACCGUUUCCUCAACCGGCAGUUCUCCCUCGGGCACCAGCGAUGGCAACUCCUCCUCCUCUUCCGGCUCCGGCAGCAGUAUCAACAGCAACAGCAGCAGUAGCAAUGGAACACAAAGCUCCUCCGGCCUUAGCAAUGGCGCCAAAAUAGGAGUCGGCGUCGGCGCAGGAGUAGGCAGUCUCGCUAUCAUCGGCGGUGUCAUCGCCUGGAUCGUAUAUUGCUGUACGCGUCGCCGCCGCAAGACCGAUGCAGCCGCGGCUGGUAUCGCUACAACAUCAACAACCGCACAUACGCCCGUAAACACAGUGGGAGGAGACAAAGAGAAUGCAGCCGUGAUUCCAAUGUAUAACGAACACAAACCCGAGCUCGAUGCGCAACAUGCGCAAGAACAGCAACGAUUACAGCAACAAAUAGAUCAACUACAACAACAAUUACAGCAGCAGCAACAACAACAACAACAACAACAACAAGAACAACAAGAACAUAAUCCAGCGGCCGUGCCCGCAUCAGGGCUUCCAGCUGGCCUUGUGGCGCCCACGUCGCCGAUUAGUGAUGAUCUGUCGUCAGGAAGGACGAGUGAGCUUCAUUCUGAGUCGCAGGGGUAUUAUCAGUAUCCGGGUGGAGGGGCGCAGGAGUUGGGUGGUGUGUCGCCGUAUCAGCGGCAGUAUCAGUAUCAUCUGGGGGUUGUGACGCAGGCGGAGAUGCCUGGCGAUCAAGUGCAUGUUCCUAGUCAGGCACAGGCACAGGAGCAGGAGCAUAUGAGAUAUGAGCUGCAAUGA